AUCAUGAUAAGGUCUCUUAUUCAGCUCAGUUGAAAGAACCGACAAGAUUACCAAAGGGGAAAAAAAGAGUGAAUGGUACUUCAAGAAUGGAAGCGGAAUGAAAUUCUGCCAGUCUACUCCGCCGGCCCACUUUCAAACACCGAUAAAAACACUGAAGUUCCAGCCUGUUCUUUUGCACAGUCACCGUCAUUUUAAGAUCAUGGGCUCUACUAAAUAGCCAUCGGCGGAUUGAGGGCACAUCACGCGACAGUGAGCAAGAAUGCCAUCUCGACCGGUGAAGCUAGCCUGUUUGGCCUGGAAAUGAAUGACGGAUAGCCGCGCCUCCAAAAUCCGCUGCAACGGCCAGAACCCUUGCGCCAAUUGCUCCACCCACCGACAACAAUGCCAAUAUCGGCCCAGUCGACGAGGGGGUGCUCGGCGAGGUGCCGCCGCCGCCGAGGAACUGGCCUUGAGAAGGGCUGAACGGCUGGCCAAUGAGACCAAUACUGGGAUUCAUGUCGAAGCUUCCGAUGCGGAUAGUGAAGGCUAUCAUCGUCGUUCGGAGAUCGAUGCAACUGUUCCUGUGCCUGUGUUGUUGCCAUCCCCUGUUGAACGAGAACCCCAACGGUGCGGUCGAGUUCUAGACAACAGCAGCAUAGGGUUUCCAUCGGCACGCAGUGGGAGCGGUAUCACCGACAAUGGGCUUCUGCGCACUGGAGAUCGUUCCGCAUGGAGUCUCCGAGCUUACCGAUGCGAUCAGGAUCUAAUCAACGCGUAUUACAUUUUCAUUCACCCUUAUUUCCCCGUGCUACCCCCACCCGCAGAGUCCCAAUAUAGCGAUAGGUACAUGACAUUAAUUCCUCAGUCGCCUCACGCAAAUGCCUCCCUUCUACCUUACUGGCCCACGUCAUCACUGGGACUCGCCGUGGCGGCAAUUCUUGCUCUGAUCCCCCAUCCUGGAGACGUUUAUGCCGCGCACGAAGAAGCUGUCACACUGCGACGCUCAUAUGCUGAUCUGUAUGCGCGUUCAGCGCUGGAGACCGUGGAGGACUCCCUGGAGUCAUUCUCUGAGAUGGAUCUGUCUAAGGGCCCACGAAGCACCUUGCAUCCCGAUGUUCCUCGAAAGAUGGAGUCCGUUCUGGCAUUGGGGCUUCUCACUCUGUACGAAUGUUGUCAGCGAGGAAAUGUUGCAAAAAUGCGCGUCCGGGCAAACCAGGCCCUGACCGUCGCUAUGGACCUUUCUCUGCACGGGCAAAAGUCGCUGACAGAUUGCUUUGAUGCGCGCAGGCGUUGUUGGUGGGGGACGAUCUCCCUCGUUUACCUGUCAUCUUUAAUGACUGCGUCGCCCCCGAUCAUAACCAGUGAUGAUCUCCGUAUUACCAUCCCAUUUCCUGAAAUUCGCGGGUGUCGUGAGCCAUGGCCGCUUUUGAUAAACGCACAAGUACUCCUUCUCCACAGCUGCUCCAUUGAACGUCAGCUUAUCCAGGGUGAUAACAACAAUAACAGCGACAACAGUAACAAUCCUAGACUUCCCAGUUCGCUACGCGAAGAGAUCAAAAGCCUAGACACUUCUCUCCUUGACCUCGCGGCUGAGGCAGACCGAUACCGCUGCAUUGCCAACUGCCAAGGCACCGAGGCUGACUCUGAGCGCAUUCUAUGGGCCACAUCCAGCGCCCUCCUCCAUAUGGCUCGAUUAGCCCUCCAUCGUAUUCGCGCCUUCCCAGAACCCUCAAUAUUCUUCAGCGAACAGUGUGAUCUUCUUGCCAGCAACACUGGUCGGUCAUCUUCUCGCCCCUUUCAGCUCUCCCCGUCCCGAAUGAACGAGAUAAACUCGCUGUUCCCUUUCACCGAACAGGAGUCAAUCCGUAUAUGUCUUCAAUCCUCCCUUGUCGUGUCGCGCAUCUCUCGCCGCUUGCCGUCCCCGAACCCGGCGUAUUCCGACGCGGCCGACGCCCCUGAUGGAGAGAACACUGCUUCUUGGGUGUCGCGAUCGCGACCAUCGCUGGGCUCACCACGUUCUAUACCAUAUCUGGCAUGUGGCCAGCUGCAGUGUUUCUAUGCGUUGACUAUGGUGUUGUGGCGCGUCCGAGCGGCAGCCUACGCAGGGAACUUGAGUAGUGUUUACUAUUUGCUUGAUCGGCCGAGUGUUCAGACCGAGGUACAGGAUGCAGAGCGACUGAUGGAGGAGUUGCACUUGGGGAUGGAGGCGUUGAUGGCGUCCUUUCGGGCGGAUAGUGUUUUUGAGGGGGUGGGAAUGAUGGCCAAGGAGAUGGAGGCAGUAUACAAAGCUACCAUAAUGGAUUGACCGGAGUAUUUAACAACCCGUUGUACUUACCCCUAUCUCACCUUUCUAUGCUCUUUCCUGUUUUUACCAGUCUCGGUUUCUUCCUAUCGUGUUUUGUUUUUCUUGAUUCAGAACGCGGGGUAAGAUAACAUGUAAAAAAC